GAAGAGAGGUAAAAAUAGAGCGGCGGAAACUGUAAAAGAGUGGCAACGACGACGGAACGUUCAGCCACAUUUCUCUCCGACGUCGGACUUCUUAGACAGAGUAAGUUUCUUAAUCGCUUUUCUUCUUCUUCUUCCGUUGAAGUAAACUUUGAGGUUGGGCAGACAUGGGCUCUUUAUGAUGAUAAGGUAGAUGGGAUGCCUAGAUUGUAUGCUCAGAUCACAAAAGUCUCUGUUCCUGGUUUCUGUCUUACUGUCACAUGGCUUGAGCCUGUUCCAGAUCCCAAGGAGGAAAUACAGCGAUAUGAAAAAGGGUUGCCUGUUUCUGUUGGUAGGUUCAAACUCGGCAAAAACGAGGAUAUAAAAGAUCGCAGAAGGUUCUCUCAUCUGGUUCAGUGCAGUGAAGGGAGUAGCGCAGGUACAUUCAGUGUAUACCCUAAAGAAGGAGAGACGUGGGCUAUCUUCAUGGGUCGCUUCAAGUAUAUAACCUCGAGCUUUGACAUCGACUGGUCAGCACAUCCUGAUUCACACUGUAAAUACAACUAUGGAUUCGUCGAAGUCUUUUCAGAGGAUGGUGAUCAUCCUAGAGUACCUAUUGGAUUCUUGCAUAAAGCAAAAGGUUUUUCAGGUGUGUUUUGUCGCUUUAACGAAGAAGUUGAUAUGUCUUACGUUCUGCGUGGCUAUCCAAAACAAUUCUCCCACCGUGUUCCAUCGUUUAAGACGACUGGAAUAGAAGCAGAAGGUGUGCCUGGUCGAGGUGCUUAUGAGCUGGAUCCCGCAGCAUUACCAGAACACAUCAAAGAGAUUGACGUCCCUUUACAUCUACUUGAAGAGCCUACCGUGUCAAACUCUGAGGAGGGUGAUAAGAAGAAUACACAUUCUCAAUGUGUUUACUUUGCUAGCAAAGGAAUAACUUUUCAAACAGGCCAAGUCUGGUCAUUUUGCAGUGGUGAUGAUAACUUGCCCCGGCACUAUGGCAAGAUUCAGAAGAUUACGUUUGUUCAGGCGUUUGAGCAGGAUACGGUGGUUAAGUUGCAUAUAGGUCGGCUAAAGGCUAGAAGACCUAACAAAGGCGUCAUCCAGUGGAGUUACAAGGAUAUGCCCAUCGGCUGUGGGAAUUUCAGGGCAAGAAAAGUUCUAGAGAUAUUCACUGAUCUUGAUGUGUUUUCACGCCAGUUAAGCCUAGACUCCUCAGGAGAUGGGAACGACUACAGCAUCUUGCCCAAGACCGGUGAUGUCUGGGCAAUAUACAGAAACUGGUGCAGUGACCUUGAAGUCGUUGAUCUCAAGUCCCAGACUUAUGAUCUUGUGGAAGUUCUUGAUGAUAAACUAGACUACGAGGUCCUGCUGUUGGCUCCUGAUGGUGGCUUUAAAUCUGCAGGGUUUGGUUCGGUGUAUGUGGCUGCUACUGAGCAUUGGAUUGAUGGUGCCGAGGUGAGAUUCACGAUCCCGGAAUGUGAAAUGCUCAGAUUCUCGCAUCAAAUUCCUAGUUCGAAAGUAAGAAAAGAGUUAAAUGGAACUUGGCAAGAAGUCUAUGAAACUAAUAUUGAGGCAUUGCCUGUUGACUUGAUUGUCUGACUCUAGAGACGAGACAACAGUGGAUCAAUGAAAAGGGAGAGAAAGAUGACUUUUUGCUUCUUUUUUUUUGGGUAAAAUGGGUUUACUACUUAGUGGUUUUGGAUGAGAUGAUACAUUCUCCUGAACUUUCUUCAGGUGUACUAGUCCCUUGAUCCAUUGUUAAUUCUGCUAUCUAUAUAUGUAGUUUGGUAUGAAACUCUUCUUAUAUGUAUGUGCUUUUGAGGUGAAGUAGUCCUAACGCUGGCCUUUAGGUGAUCUCAGCAGUUCACUGCGUUUUUCUUGCCUUUUUGGUUUAAGAUCUUU